GUCAGACAAAGACGCAGAGAGGGAGCGUUGCUUGGGAAAACAGCCAUCAAUCACUCUCGCCCCAGUCGCCAUUUGAGGAGUUGGAAGAAGAGAAACAGAGCUCGAGAACAUGAACAAAAUGUUGAGGAAUGGCUCCCUGCGGACUACGCUCAGAUCCCUCCAGUACCUCGACCAGUCUUCUCGAGCUAUUUCCACCUGCACCCCUUCGAUUCUCAGGAGCUCUUUGAUCUCCUCGAGCAACCCCUUGGGCCGCCCGCAGCAACACACUUCGCUUCUCCUCCGGCCUUCCCCGUUCUCCUCUACCGCCGUACGCUACCUCCGUGCCGGACGUGAUCCCACCACCGGGUAUGAGAUCUCACCGCCAGUCAAUUGGGGUAUAAGGAUAGUCCCUCAACAGAGGGCUUUUGUGAUUGAGCGGUUUGGAAAGUACGUGAAGACACUCACAUCAGGAAUUCACUUCCUUAUCCCUUUUGUUGAUCGAAUUGCUUAUGUGCAUUCCUUGAAGGAAGAAGCCAUCCCUAUUCCUGAUCAGUCCGCAAUCACCAAAGAUAAUGUCAGUAUUCUGAUCGAUGGGGUGCUUUACGUUAAGAUUGUGGAUCCCUACAAUGCUUCUUAUGGAGUUGAGAAUCCAAUAUAUGCAGUCAUUCAGUUGGCACAGACAACUAUGCGAAGCGAGCUUGGUAAAAUAACACUUGAUAAGACAUUUGAGGAGAGGGACACACUCAAUGAAAAGAUAGUUGAGUCCAUCAAUGUGGCUGCUCUAGACUGGGGCUUGAAAUGUCUCCGUUACGAAAUAAGGGACAUAUCUCCUCCUCGUGGAGUGAGGCAAGCUAUGGAGAUGCAAGCAGAAGCAGAACGUAAGAAAAGAGCUCAGAUUCUGGAGUCUGAAGGAGAAAGACAAUCAAACAUCAAUAUUGCUGAUGGAAGGAAAAGUGCUGUUAUCCUCGCGUCAGAAGCAGCAAAGAUGGAUCAGGUUAACAGAGCAGAAGGAGAAGCCGAAGCCAUUCUUGCUAGGGCACGGGCAACUGCAGAAGGACUUGCUAUGGUGUCCCAGACUCUUAAGGAAACUGGUGGAGUCGAAGCAGCAAGUUUGAGGGUUGCUGAGCAAUAUGUCCAUGCCUUCAGCAAUAUAGCCAAGGAGGGCACGACACUGCUGCUUCCUACCUCUACUGCGAAUCCAGCAAACAUGAUUGCACAAGCUCUGACUAUGUACAAAAGUUUGGUCCGCAAUGGCCCAAGUGAUGGUCCUAAAGGAGGCUCUCCGACUCAGACAAGUGGAGAUUCGGAGGACAGUGCUCCCUCCAAGGACCUCGUAGAUGAGUUGUAUGUGCCUCCCAGAAAAGAGAGUCCUAAUAAACACGAGCCAAAGUUCUCACUUCAGAAAGGAGACUAGGAAGCAGAGCUUUCGUCAAUCAUUUUCGGGCAAAGUAAACCAAUUGUGCGAUUAUCACUUAGAUUCUAGUUUCGAAUUUACUGAGUUUUGUUGCGGCUAAGAUAAGAUGUGUCUAAGACUCUCUUCUGGAUAAAAGAAGGGAUGUUGAUUCUUUUGAGGACAAUAGUUUCUUUCUUUUGCAUUUCCAAUCUAUUUCGAUAAAUUCCUUUCGGGAACUGGCCCGAUCCCAGUUUUU